AUGGCCACCAUUGGAGUCAUAGUCGCAGAGCUAUUCCUAGCCCUGCUCUUCAUCCUCCUCUUCUACAGCCAGCGCCGGAGCAAGGGCUCUCCGAUGACCGACUGGCCCCUCGUCGGCAUGCUCCCGGGUCUCCUUCACCACGCCCACCACAUCCACGACUACGCCACCCACCUCAUGAAACUCAGCGGUUUCACGUUUCACUAUAAGGGCCCCUGGCUCGCGAACAUGGACAUGCUCAUCACUGUCGACCCCGCCAAUGUCCACCACAUCCUCAGCAAACACUACAUCAACUUCGAACGUGGCCCCGAGUUCAAACGCAUAUUCGAACCCUUCGGCGACGGCAUUUUCAACUCCGACAACGAUUGGUGGAAGUUCCAGCGCAAGUUCACCCACUCGCUCCUCAAACACGACAAAUUCCAGCGCUUCCUCGUGACAACCACGCGCCGGAAUGUCGAGCAGCGGCUCCUCCCCGUGCUCCGCCACUUCUCGGAGCUCGGCACUGAGGUGGACAUGCAGGAGCUGCUCCAGCGGUUCAGCUUCGACAACAACUGCUCCAUAAUUCUAGGUUUUGACCCCGGCUGCCUCUCUCCGGAGCUGCCGCAGGUCUCGUAUGCGACGGCGUUCAACUGCAUGGAGGAGGCCGUGCUCUACCGCCACCUCAAGCCAGAGUUCUACUGGCAGCUGCAGAAGUGGCUCCAGGUCGGAGAAGAAAAGAAGUUGAGCUCGGCCUGGGCGGUGUUCGAUCGGUUCCUGAUCGAGCGCAUCUCGGCGAAGCGAGAAGAAUUACGGAGGAGAGCGAAACACAAUGAUGGCGAUAAUUGCGCCGAUACCGAUCUUUUAACCGCUUGCAUUGAGGAGGCCCAAGGAGACGACAAGCAAACGCGCGUUUUGAGGAAGUCAGAUAAGUUCGUGCGAGACACAGCGUUUAAUCUGCUCGGCGCGGGGAGAGGCACUAUAACUGCAGCCAUGAGCUGGUUCAUCUGGCUGGUCGCAACGAACCCUUCCGUGGAGAAGAAGAUCCGAGAAGAGAUUGAGAAGAAUUUAGGUCAACAGGAGAGGAAAAGUGGUGAAAAAUGGCGGGUUCUAAAAGAAGAGGAGGUGAACAAACUGGUGUACCUGCACGCAGCGAUUUGCGAAUCGCUACGGCUGUACCCACCGAUACCGCUGCAGCACAAGUCUCCGGUUCAGCCGGACACGCUUCCGAGCGGGCACCGGGUGGGACCGGAUACGAAGGUACUGCUGUCGUCGUACUCGAUGGGGAGGAUGGAGGAGAUAUGGGGAAAGGACUGCUCGGAGUUUAGGCCAGAGCGGUGGGUGUCGGAGAAGGGAGGGGUAAGGCACGAGCCAUCGUAUAAGUUUCUGGCAUUCAACGCCGGGCCGAGGAGCUGCAUAGGGAAGGAGAUGUCGUUCGUGCAGCUGAAGAUCAUAGCGACGGCGAUUCUGUGUAAUUAUGAGGUGAAGGUGGUGGAGGGUCAUCCCAUUUCUCCACGGAUCUCUGUUGUGCUGCAUAUGAAACAUGGUUUGAAGGUUAGGGUUUCAGAGAGGUGCAGCACUACUUGA